UAGUCACUACCCAACAAUUUUUCCAUAUCCUCCGUUCAGUCAUCUGCCAUACAAAACACCAAUGUCAGAGUUUCAUUUCAUCUCAUGUCAACCCAGCAAAUAACUGAUCUCCUUAUACGCAAGGCUCCCCUCAACGGACCCUCUCUCUCUCUCUCUCUCUCUCUCUCUCUCUCCUCUUCAUGUAGCAGGAAAAUCUUGAAUUUGCAAUAGAUUCAUUCAUUUCUUUAUUGUUAUCAAUAAAGAAAGAAGAACCCAUUUCUUUAAAUUGCCUGCAACCACCACAAAGAUAAAACUUUUCUUGAUGGGAUACCUUUCUUGCAAGGCAGAAUCAGCCAUAGCUAUCUUAACACCGGUUUCUCAAACUACAUCUUCAAAGCCCACACAAGAUAAACAAGAAAAACCCAUCAAGAUCCAGCAGUUUCAUUACAGUGACCUUGAGGCAGCUACCAAUGGUUUCUCUGACCAGAAACUGUUGGGCAAAGGCAGCCAUGGUUGCGUUUACAAGGCUGUUAUCCGAGGACGCCAUGUUGCCAUCAAGAAACCAUCAAAAGGUGUUGAAGUUGGUCAAGAAGUAGAUAAUGAGAUGGAGAUCUUGUCCAAGAUUCAUAGUCCAAGAUUGGUAAACUUAUUAGGCUUCGCUAAUGAUACCAAAGAUAGAUUGCUUGUUGUUGAGUUUAUGAGUAAUGGUACUCUUUAUGAUGUUCUUCAUUCAAAUUCAAGACCACCCAAUUGGGGUCGAAGAAUUCGAUUAGCUUUGCAAAUUGCCAAGGGUAUUGACAUUUUACACUCACAAAACCCACCAAUAAUUCAUAGAGAUAUAAAGUCUGCUAAUGUUUUGAUUGAUAGGAAUUUCAAUGCAAGACUGGGUGAUUUUGGUUUAGCAUUAAGGUGUGGUAUUGAUGAUGAUUAUAGACUCAAAUCAACCCCACCUGCUGGUACCAUUGGUUAUCUUGAUCCAUGUUAUGUUACUCCUGAUAACUUGAGUACUAAAACUGAUGUGUUUAGUUUUGGGAUUUUGUUGUUGGAGAUUAUUAGUGGGAGGAAGGCUAUUGAUGUAGGUCAUUCACCACCUUCCAUUGUGGAUUGGGCAAUUCCACUUGUAAAGAAAGGGAAGCUUGGUGCUAUUUAUGAUCCAAGAAUUGACCCACUUAAAGAUCCUACGACUAGAAAGCAGUUGGCUUUGAUUGCUACUAAAUGUGUGAGGUCCUGUAGGGAGAGGAGGCCAGCAAUGAAAGAGGUAGCUAAUUGGCUAACUACAUUGAGUAAAUUGGUUCCUCUUCAUUCAUGGAAUGGAUUUAACAAUCCGUGUAUGAUGGUAGAGACAAUGGGAUGGCCAGUUGAACUGAGAAAUACCCAGUUCGGUCUAAGACCGGAGGGUGUUGGAGAAGAGAAUUUGGAUGGUAUAGAUAGUAAACUAGGUGUACAGUCAGUGAAGGAUUCACGGAGAGUUUAUUCAGACUUGGGGUUUCGGAGCAAUUUGAUGGAACUCAUGGCAGGUACAGAGGGUGAGUCUGGAUUUUUGGGUGAAGCGGAUGGGGUUGAAUCUAAUUUGAAGUCUGGAAGUUGGGUUUCUAGCUCUAGAUUUGGUAGUGCAAGAUAUGGUAUCAAAGGAAUACCUCGUUUGAGGGGUCGUGGUAAUGGUAAAGGUCUAUUUCCAAUGAGAAGAAACCAAUCUGCUGGAAAUGGUUCAGAAUUAUUCUCAAAGCAGGAUGACACAGUUGCUUGUUCGAGUUUCAGUACUCAAGGAUGUCAUGAUAUCUAGUACAUUGUAAAAAUGACUAAAGCAACUUCGACAGCAGAGCGAAGCUCAGGCUUGUAAGCUUCCCUUGCUUGUGAAUUACAUUGGUGUAGGUUUGUUAGUAGCUCAUUGAUUUGUGAGUUUCCAAUUACUUAAUGUUUUGUUAAGUUCACAUAUGUAGAUGAGGGGCACAGCGCUAAUGUCCCCUUAAUAGGCUGUUUAUCCCUGUCCCUGAUUCAUCUUUGAUAUGCAAAGCUGAUUUAUGUUACAGAAUUGCUAAAGAAUAAAUGCUUCUUCACAGA